AUGAAAAGCUGUUAAGAAUGGAAACAAUUUAAUUAUUCUUUAGAUAAGAAAUCAAAUUACUUUUCUGAAGGGUGGACAUUUACAUAUACUACCGAUCCUUAAUGUGCUAUUAUCGAUAACUCCCUCCUCAUUAACAUUUAUUAAACAGGUUCUAUAAACAGAACGGUGUUUAAGUAAUUAUAGACUAUGGGUAAUAGAUAACUACUAAUGAAUACAAUUAAAAUAAAUUUGAUAAAUAAGUCCUUCAUUUUAAGCGUAAGACACAUCAACAGAGAUAUUAAUAAGUAAUCAUCCUGA